AUGGCUUCAACAGGCGAGAAUGGUCAGGAAGGGAGAAUUGUCGAGACAGAGUUCCUCAUUGUCGGCGCUGGGCCGGCUGGAGCCAGUCUGGCAUGUUUCCUAGCCUCCCAUGGAUUCAAAGGCAUUAUGAUCAGUUCUGCCCCGGGUACGGCAGAUACACCUCGUGCUCAUAUCACUAAUAUGGCGGCCAUUGAGUGUCUCCGAGACAUUGGUCUUGAGCAAGAACUUAAUAAUAUAUCUUCUGACGGCGAGUCGCAUAUGUUACAUACCCGUUGGUGUCAUAGUAUGGCUGGUGAAGAGUAUGCGAGGGUAUAUUCAUGGGGAAAUGACCCUAUUCGAAAGGGAGACUACGUCAAAGCUAGUCCUUGUUCUCUGGUAGAUAUUCCACAGACUCUACUUGAACCGAUUCUUGUCCGCUACGCCACUCAUAAUGGCUUCGCAACCCGUUUCAACACCAAGUUUCUCCGCUUUGAUGAAGACUCGGCUACUGGGAAAUUCAUUGUCGCGGUUCAAGACACUCUAUCUAACCUUGAAUACCAAAUCCGAACCAAAUACCUCUUUGGCGCUGAUGGUGCCCGUUCUCGCAUAGUCAAACAGCUCGAUCUUCCCCUGUAUGCCAAACCCGGCCAAGGUUUAGCGAUCAACGUUCUUGUCAAGACCGACCUGUCGCAUCUUGUACAAUACCGAAAAGGAAAUCUACAUUAUGUCCUCCAACCAGAUCGCGACCAUCCCGAUUUCGGAUGGUGGGGCGCUGUGCGCAUGGUAAAGCCGUGGAAUGAAUGGAUGUUCAUUCUCUUCACGACGCCAGGCACUGAGUUUGAUAUUCAUCCCAGUAAUGAACAAUACCUGAAACGGGUAAAGGAGCUGAUUGGUGACGACACACCGGCCGAAAUUUUGGGUGUAUCCAAGUGGUUCAUCAACGAAACCGUUACUGAAGAGUAUUCUCGGGGAAAUGUGUUUUGUCUCGGCGAUGCUGUCCACAGACACCCACCGUUCAAUGGUCUUGGGUCAAAUACAUGCAUUCAAGAUGCGUACAAUCUAGCCUGGAAAAUAGCAUUUGUCGAAAAGGGAAUCGCAAACCCGUCACUGCUGUCAACGUACACUCCUGAGCGACAGCCGGUCGGCUUCGGGAUUAUAACCCGUGCAAACCAGUCAUAUCGCUCGCACUUUCAGAUACUUGAGUCACUUGGGCAAACAGUUCCGACUCUGGAAGAGCGAGUGGCCAUUUUAGACGAAUUCAAAAGUGCAACGUCAAAAGGCGUUGCUCGCAGAAAGAAGUUCCAAGAAGGCAUCACAGAGAGCGCCUAUGAAUUUCACGGCUUAGGCAUCGAAAUGGGUCAACACUAUACCGGCACUGCCAUUUAUGACGCAGAUGAAACAGUGCCAUACGUCUCUCAGGCCAAAGAUGAAGUUUUGGAUUAUGUACCCAACACCUACCCAGGGAGCAGACUGCCACAUGCCUGGCUGAACAAGAGCAUUCCAGUAACCCCUAUCUCGACACACGACCUCGCUGGCCAUGGCGAGUUCUCCCUAUUCACAGGAAUCGGGGGUGAGACGUGGCAUACAGCCGCUGCAAAGGUCUUAGAAACACUGAAUGUGACCAUUCAUGUCCGCGUGAUUGGCUUCCGACAAGAAUGGGAGGACGUCUAUCAUGACUGGGCGAGAGUCCGUGGAGUAGAAGAAUCUGGUGCAGUGCUGGUGCGUCCAGAUCGCUUCGUUGCAUGGAGGACGCCCGAGGUGUUGCAGAGUGAGCAAGCUUGUCAGGAUAAGCUGUUGCAUGUUAUGCGAACAGUCCUUGGCUUGAAAUGGAUAUCAUAUAUCGUCAUCGUCCGAUUGACAGACAAAGUAUAUAUACUCAACGUUCUACUUCUCAUCACACCUUCCCGCAAAUUUCUCCCAUGUUUCAAUUAUCGACGCUUUGUUAUUUUUGUUCGCUUACUGCACCAUCUCGAUCUGUCCUCCCCGAGAGUACAUGACCUCUCGGUAAAGACCUCCAUCAUGCCGGCACGAUCCUUGCUUGCGAUGAGCACACGUGUUGUGAUACAACAUCUCAGAAGUCUUACGGAUAUCGGAAAUAUUCCGUACUCGCUAGCUAGGCGCUUCCUAGUCAAAAUUGAAAGUCCGGGGCAGUUGCAAGAAAUCGAAAAGAAUUCACCUCACAUCAUGGAAGAAGACCGAGAACUCUGGAUCAACUUUAUCAAACGUGACGUACCGCGAUGGGAAGAAUACAAGUUACCGGAGGAAUCGGCCUGUUGGUCUGAUAUUUACCACGACUUGGUCGAGGAAGUGCAGCGCGAAGUCGACGAAGACAGUCUUCGACUAAAGCAGGCGGUUGAUAAAAUCUACUCCGAAAAGGCGACUAUCUUUGUGAGGGAUACUACUCGCCUGGCUGCGCCACGACGUGGAUGGCAGCCCUCGCAGUCUCGCAGUGAACCAAAGAAAACAGGCCUCUUUAAUAAGACAAAACGAAACAAGGUGCUUACCGUCCCAACGCAUCGACUCAACAACACUGGAGCUUCGCAAAUAAGGCAUGUUCCGCAGUGGCUUGUUGAUGAGCACAAACAACCACCACCCGCGGCCGCUGCUCCGAGACGGCCGGUUCCGACUGGUACUCCUAGGAGCAAUAUGUCAGGUGUCUCAAGCAGCAGAACUUCCGGAACAGUUGUGCCUCCUAGAUCAUCAGCUCGUCCACAAAUGGCGCAGUCACCUUCUCAGCUAGCAGCUUCUCCAACGAGGACCCGACCAACCCCUGGCUCUCGUCCUAUUCCUACAGCCAGACGGCCUAUCGGGGCCAUUCAUUCACCAUCUGGUGCAUCUUCGGCCAGUCAACCACUGGCUUCACCGUCACCGGCGCCCAUAAGAAGACGCCCUAUUCCGUCUGAGCCAAACAUAUUCGUGCAGCCAAAGAAGAGAAAAAGGCUAUGA